CCGAUCAAUAAGCAACAGACAGUUCUUCAUAUAGCCCUAUUUCAUUCCCACAUCCCAUACUGCAGCACCUUCUCCCCACAAAUAUACAAGAACAGCGAUAUGUCAGGUGUGUGGGUGUUCAAGGGUGGUGUGGUCCGGCUGGUGGAGAAUUCCAGGCCGGACUCCCUAACAGACUCGAACAACCAGUCGUACCGGAAGAAGGUGCUGGUGUACACGCCAACGAACGAGGUGAUAACCUCAUACGUUGUGCUAGAGCGUAUCCUGUCAACACUUGGGUGGGAGCGGUAUUAUGAUGACCCGGAUCUCCUGCAGUUCCACAAGAGAUCGACCGUCAACAUCGUUUCCCUCCCCCGUGAUUUCUCCAAGUUUAAGUCUAUGCACAUGUAUGACAUCGUCGUCAAGAACCGUAAUAUGUUCGAGGUCCGCGAUAUGUAAUAGUGUUGCUUCAUCAAUGCCGUAUCUGUCAUGGCACAUUAAAUUAAGUAGCAAUUCCCCAUUAUGGGUAAAAAAUUAUGUCUUAGCAUAUCAUAUAUAUGAGAUGGACAUGUGCCUCUGAAAUAUAGGGCUUGGAAAAUAUAUUGACUGAUGAAUAAACCCUGUUAUACAAGUUGCGGGGAAUAUGCUUGAAGAUAUGGUGAUGGUCGGGUGAACCUUAAG